AUGAACUCGCAACCUGCUCUGCUUCCCAAGCCCGACAGCGGCACCGUUGCCGCCUCAUCGCCCUCACCGCCCAUCGUUGAACUCGCCCGCUUUCUCGCUCACCUCUUUACCGUUUCCUACCGCUUCUUCUCCCAGACCACCCUCACGCUCGUCCUCUCCAUCUUUGCACCUUUGACCCUCAUCUACAGCCCCAUUUCCUACCUUCUCGCGCCCGUCUUCGUCUUCCUCCGCGUGCUACUCGAUCUCUUCAUCUUCACACCCUACGCCAUCGCCGCCUCUAUCGCCCGGAACGUUUACCCCAUCUACGUCUUCGUCGGCACCGCGCUUCUCUGUGCGAUAUGUGUCGGGCUCGUGGCCCGCGCGAUUUCUUCCAGCAUCCAGCACGUCCUCUUCGCGCCUCCAGAACAGCCCGUGUCCCCAAACGAGGCCAAGUCGGAGAAGAGUUCGUUGAAGACCUCCGCGCCGAAGCCGCGCGUGAAGAAGCGCGUGUCUAUCAAGAAAGAGCGGGAUGGAUACUAG